AGAGGGGAGGGAACCCCGACCGAAACAGCAACGGACGGGCCCGAUGGCUGCUGAUUACGGAAUCCAACGGCCCAAGAGGCACGCAACGCUCGGAUACAGAGGAGCUCCCUGCAUUGCUCGCCUCCGACUCCGAGAGCCCAACGCCACCGGCCGCCCACUUCCCGCCGGCCGAAUCCUCCCACGCUGCUUCGUCCUAGCUCUUUCCAACAGCCAUCUUGAAGCCCUGCCGGCGCCCUCUCGUCCCCCAUCAGGUCACUGAGGCUUGCCGCAGCCUUGAGCUGGCUUCGUCCAUCAGGCUCGGGGUAUGCACAUGUCGUGUUCGAUGAAGUGCCUAGCAAGAAAUCCUCCUCUGUGCGCUCAUGCCAAUCACAUGCUUUGCAAAACUGAAGACGUGUUGAGCUUUUGGCAGAUGGCAUCAAUCAUAUUCGGUCCAGGAAACAUGCAUGCCCGUGGUCUGAGAAUAUUGUCUGGGAGUGGGACAUUUCAGUAUGGUCCCUUUAUGUGUGGUGUGCAGCGGAGAUGGAAGAAGCCAGUAGAUUCAGCAAGAACCCGUCUGGAGGGCAGAACAAGGGAUCAUAGGCUGGACAAGCUAAUGGUUCAACUGAGAAACUUGAAGCUGGCCUUGGCUGUACGUGAGUUGAUAUCUCAGCAGAGGAAUGAAUAUGCUUCUCUCCAACUUCUUUCAAAGUGGAGACAUGAGGUCGGGUUGAACAUUGAGAUUGGCGCUUUCCUCAAGAAAUAUCCCCACAUUUUCCAGAUUUACAUGCACCCUGUGAAGAGAAACCAUUGCUGCAAGAUCACACAAAAGAUGACUGACUUGAUUGCAGAGGAAGAGGCAGUGAUCAGGGAGAAUGAGACCAACAUAGUUCAGCGGCUGAAGAAACUUCUCAUGCUCUCUACAAAUGGAACUCUGAAUAUGCACGCAUUAUGGCUAGUAAGAAAGGAACUUGGGCUGCCUGAUGAUUACAGGUCUUCCAUGCUACCAAAGUAUCCACAUGAUUUAUAUCUUGAAACCCCUGAUACUCUGUCACUUGUCUCUAGGGAUGAUGAAUUAGCUGUAGCUAAGAUUGAAGAAUGGAGGAAGAAAGAGUACACUGAAAAAUGGCUAGCUGAAUCGGAGACAAAAUACACUUUUCCAAUCAACUUCCCUACUGGAUUUAAGAUUGAGAAAGGCUUUAGGGAAAAACUGAAGAACUGGCAGAGGCUUCCCUAUACCAAGCCUUAUGAGAAGAAUGAUUUGCAUCCAAUCCACAAUGUGGAGCGGAUUGAGAAACGUAUUGUUGGUAUUCUUCAUGAACUGUUGAGCCUUACAGUAGAAAAGAUGAUACCACUUGAGAGACUGUCGCACUUUAGACGAGUUUUUGCUACGGAAGUGAACUUGCGGGAGCUUCUUCUUAAGUACCCGGGAAUUUUCUACAUCUCGACCAAGGGAAGUGCCCAGACAGUCAUUCUGAGGGAGAGUUACAGUAAAGGCUGCCUGGUUGAGCCCAAUCCUGUAUACGAUGUGCGAAGGAAAAUGCUAGAUCUGAUUUUGUCUGGAUGUCGUAACAUUGGUGAACUAGAAAGUGCAGCUUGGCUUGCUGAGGAGUAUGAUCAGGGAAGCUGCCAUGAGUUGCAGAACAACAUGUGCCAGGUGGAUACUGCAAAUACCAUACUUGAACUUGACACUGAUAGUGACUCUACAGAAAGAAGUGUAUUACGGUCUAUGUAAGAGCUCCGGUACCAACAUUUCUGUGACUCACAAGAAAAGAGUGAAUAAGCAAUUAAGCAGACUUCAACAUGUAGGUGUAGUUUGGGCCUCUUGGUUACUAGACGCAGAUGGUAUCAACAGGCACCGUUCUCAC